AUAGGGUUUUCUCGCUUAGUCUCUGUCUCGAUGGUUCCCGAUCCAGCAAUGGAAAGAUCCGAUCCUCCUUCACCGAAGCGUCAGAAGACGGACGAGGAAACAACUUGCUAUGAUGGCCGUCCUGAGGAUUUUGAUUCUGACGAGUGCACCGACGAGGAGAUGCAACUGUUCGACCAAGAGUUGGAUAAGAUAGGCGGGGGUUAUGAAAUCGACUUCAAGAAAUUUCGCUAUUGUUUUGGUUGGAAAUCACUGGAUCUUGAUGAUAGUACCAUGGUUGAUGAGCCUGAAACCAACAGAGAUUUUAUCGCUACGUUGGCGAACCUCGCUCUCACCAAGUACAACGCAGACAAAGGAACAAGCUUGGAACUGGGCAAGAUUUUGAUUGCCAACUUUCAUCUAUCUUGUGGAUUCUCUUUCUACAUCUCAUUCCAAGUCAAUGAUCCUUCUGAUGGUAAUCAGACUAAUAAGCCCUAUCGAGCAGUGGUUCGCUACUUCCCAGGAGAUAUUGAAGUUGUCUCUUGCAAUCCCAAAGGGACAUAAACUCUGCUACAUUGUUUCACCCUUCACAUUGUUGAGGUUGUCGUGUUUAUGUCCUACAUAUAUUAGUGGUAGAAAUGUUCGUGAAUGAUAACCAAACUAAGUUGAUCAGAAUCACUUUUUUAUAAAGUAGUAAUAACAGUUUAGGAUCCACAAAAGUACAUAAACCGUAAAUGUAAAAGCUCUUCAAACCGUAAAAUACCUAAUGACGCUGGUUUCAAGAUGCAUAACAAUUUCACUAUACUAUAUAAAAAAUGUUUUAUGAUUGCAUUACAAUAACAGAUCAUACAAUCAGCAUAUAACCCAUCAAAUCACUAUACCUCCGAUGUUUUGCUCGUGAUGUGUCUCUUUGGUUCAAAUUGAUCCUCACCUCCUCAAGUGUUUGGUGUUAUCGUUUUUGUUCUGAUUUUUGUUGUUAUUAAGCUAUUUCUAUUUCGGUUACUGCGGAGAUGCCUCUUUUAUCUUCCAGCUGUUGGUUCCAGUGUCUGAUCUUUUUUGUCUGCUGGCUUUGCCUCUAGGACUCGCUAUCUUUGGUUUCAAAUUAUGUGUAAUCUUUUGAUGGAUAUAAUCAAAUAUAACGUGAAAGGGUCAGUUGGAGGUGCGACAGCUACUUUGGUUUCAUAUUUUGUCUGAAAUUUGUUUUGAACAUUCUGUUGGCAAGAAAUGAAUGCCUUAAAAGUUUAAAUCUACCGGACUUUGUGUGCAGGCUAUCAAUCCAUGCUAAACCAAGAUUCACGCAGACAAAGAAGGUAGACGCCAGAGAGAACGUUUUGACUAUUAAAGUUGUGACUCAAAAAAUAGGGUUCAAAUUAGCUAUAACUACUAAAGUAGCAAAUAUUAUACUAGUCUUCAAAUACACUUAAACAUCAAACAUAGACAGAUAAGGUAGGAUAGAUGAGUUACGAUACUAGGAACAAACCACUCUUCAAUCUUCAAAUCCAAUGGAAAAGGAGAGACUUGGUGGAUUGAUUCAAAACAUUAACUUUCUUUGGGAUUGCAAGAGACAACUUCAAUAUCUCCAGGGAAGUAGCGAACCACAGCUCGGUAGGGUUUCGUCUGAUUACCAUCUGAAGGAUCAUUGACUUCGAAUGAGAGGUAGAAAGUCAAUCCACAAGAUGGAUGAAAGUUGGCAAUCAAAAUCUUUCCCAGUUCCAAGCUUGUUUUCUACCAAAAAAAAAAAGACAAAACCAAAGCAAUCAAAAAAAAAAAAACCCCAUGUCGUUUUAAAUAGAGCAAACAAAAAGACUUUACAUUUUCUUUGUUGUGCUGGUCGAGAGCAAGGUUAACCAACUUAGCGAUGAAAUGUCUGUUGGUUUCAGGAUCGCUAAAGAAUGAGACAUCAUCCAGAUGAAAUGGUCUCCAACCAAAACAGUAGCGAAAUUUCUUGAAGUCGAUUUCAUAACCCUGACAAUUAAAAAAAAAA